CAAUAGCUGAAGAUAUCGGAUUCGUCUCAAUCUUAUCUUUCCAUUAAUCAGGCAUACUCUACUAUUACUAUCAUUUCCAUUACGUGCAUGAUAUCAGUCGCCUCAUUUCUCGGAUCCAAAUAAGAACCUUUCUUUCUGCUUUGCUGUUGUUUUAGUGGCCCAUACACUUGGAUGAGGGAGUAGCAUCACUCUCCUGCAUCUGCAUUGUUCCAAUGCAAGUCUCACGGCACGUAUCAAAUUGUGUUUCAGUGCACCACCUCCAUCGCCAAUUGAAUCGACCAUCAGCUACAGCUUGCAACCCAUGUAUGCACCAUCAGAUUUGGGCGCGCAGAUACGUUUGCGACCAAAGCUUCCCCCGAUACGCCGCUAUGAUUGUUGAGGAAACCCGCAUCGAAUCCACCACAAUUAUCCCUCCCGAUGGCCGAGAUGAUACAAGACAGUACUCAUGAUGGUCAGGGAAGAAAUACCCCAGCACAGUCAGGCCAAACUGUUGUUCCAGAAACGCUAAGCAUGCCCAUCACUGCAAAGGCAGCUAGCUAGCUAGCUUAGCUUUGUGGUAUUCUUAGCAACCGUGUCCCUGCGACCCAUCGUCGAUGAGUUUUACAGCUUGGUAAAAGUGAUUCAGAACUCGACCACAAAGCUCGCCCAGUGUGAGACAAGACCAGUACUGUAUAUCAAACCAUUUUCUGCGUUCGCAUCGAAAAUUAAAGAAUCUGCUACACCACUGAGCCGUCAUAACACUUCAUCAGCCAGACUUCUCCAAGGUAGUUCAUGCCUUCAAGUGACUGAAAUCAUGACCAAAUCGCGCCGAGUGACAAAACACUCUAUCCCCAGCAUCUUUCCACUUCUCAAAGCUCGCUUCCCGCCUGGCGCGUCUCUUCUCAAUCGAAUCUGGGUGAUGUGACGGCAUGUGCCAGUCCCUCAAUGCGUCUUUGAAGUCAUCUCCUAGGAUCUGGUUCUCGCUCCUGUAGCUACUCCCUAGCUGCACAACCACAGAGUAAUUCGUCCUGUCGUUGACGAGCCACUGAUGUGGUUCCUCGCUGCUUAGAGGUUUGCGGUUGGUAGUCCAAGACGAUUGAUGGCUAUCCCGAGAAUCCUGUAUCAACACAGCUGAAGACGAAAACGAAGCGUUGGUCAGUUCUGAGAUUGGGGAGGGCACUCAAAAGUCUUAAAGGGAUGCGGGCUUCGGGAUUGUCAUGUCGAUAAUAAAAGUCGGCAGUUCAUGCAAAUGAGUGCUCGCCCAAAGCUCACGCGCAUUUUGCAACACCAUGACCAGAUUGGGGCCAUAUCACGCCAAUAUUGACCAACUGCAAGCCAGAAUUAAGAACCACGUAUUCGAUUCCGUUCUAAUAUGCCAGGGCAGGCCUCAAAAAGCGGCUGUUGGGUAUUGGGUGCCAGGUUGGGUGCCGUUGGGCUACAGCACAUCUUAGCACAUCACCUCACGUGUGAGGUUUGGAAUUUCCAUCUUCCUUCGAGAAGAGAUAAAGAGAAAGAGGCCUAGUCUCUAGUCGAGGCUGUGCUGCAGCAGUAUGCUUGUCACAUGGGCCCUGCUUGUUGAGAAAAGCCCCCGAGAUCAUCCGCCAAAGUUGGUUUGCCAGCUUAACGCAUGCACAGCCAUAACCAUGGCCAAUCAGACAGGCAUAUUGUGUUGCUGAAAUUACAAUCCGAGCAAAUUACAUACAAUCAACUCACCCACUUGAGCAUGAAAAUGACACGCGAGGCACCGGCAUUCUACGUCUUUUAUAAAUGAGGCGCUCCCCAAGGCAAUCUAGAAUUACAGUCUAUACCGCCAAGAGCCAGGAAAAGUGCAAAAUGCUGCUGUCCUUAAAAACGGCGAACAGCCCAGUCGCCAUUUGCGGGCGAUUCCCAAUUUCAUUCAGCACUCAACAAUCUUUUGACUUACCUAUGCGCGACUCGCAAAAGACAGAGCGAGAACAAGAGCAAGAACAAGAACCAUGGAGUUUAGAGAACGAUCGUUUUCACGGGGGACUGAUGAGAGGCUACCCAAACCUACAACACGCAUGAACGACGAGACUUGGGAAAAGUUUAAGCCUUUUCUAUGCAAUCUUUACAAGAAAUAUACCCUGAGUGUCGUCAUGAACGUCAUGGAGAAGAAGUACGGUAUUGUUCAAAGCAAGCGACAGUAUGGCUAUCGUUUCGAGAAAUGGGGCAUAAAAAAGUACAACGCGAAUGAGAAAAAGACCUCUCAUAAUUCUCUAUCACCUAGUGGUAUUAACGACUCGAUGGACUAUGGUGAGAUUGGGGCCGAGUUCGACCCAGAAGCUCUCUCCUUCAACCAAUACCCCAUGUCUGACCGUUGCGGCCCAGACACUCGAAUGACCGCCGUCGGAUCGGAGAACAUGGAGUACGACGAGUCGCUCGAUAUUCACAGAGCCUCAAAGGUUGUCAUUUCAUAUCCGUGGGCAACUGGGUCAUCUGAGGAAGCGAACAAACUGGCUGCUGACUUUUGUGCCGCCAUGCUCGAUGACACAAACGCAUUUGCCUUAUACGCGAAUCUCUACGGGGUCUUGUCGAAUAGGAGCCAGUCUGUUCCUGAGACUCGUGAGUUUCUUGCCAUCUGUUGUGCCCGUGUCGCUGGUAAACCAGACAAUGCCCGUAGCGCCAGGGCGAUUCUUGCCAGGGAAUGGACUGGGACACCAACGACUCGAGUUUCAGACUCUCCGUUUGUCCUAUCGAUGCUCAAAGUGUACGUGGGAAGUCACCAAGAAGAUUCGGACAAGUCGGCUUUUGUCAAACAAAUCAGCCGUAAUGUCGAGCAACUGGUUGGCAGCGACGGAUCACUUGGAGAGGUUUCACGCAAGUACUCGUCUAUCGAUCUCGUAGCCUACUUUUUUCUUGAUUACGCCCUCGAGACGUAUGACGAUUGUUUUGACGACUCCAACCCCCCGACUUUUAUGGCUGAGCACCUCCUGAACGAGUUCAUCACGACCCAACCUUUUAUGAACGCUUUACGCAACGACUGUCCAUCCCCCCUAAGUCUCUGUCUCAGGUGGUGCAAGGAACAGCUCCGACUCAACCACCCCGUGGCUCUACAAGAUGCCACAGUACAGCCAAGUACUGAUAUGCGUUGUUGGUGGUACAAUAUUCGUGUCUUUUGCACUCUAUGGGGAGUAAUGACGCAUUUGGUACAGGCGAAUUGUGCCCCUGCGUGGUAUGCUCAGUGCGAAUCAGCCUUUGGUAUCCCUCCAUCAGAACUUCUCAUAACACUGUCAUGGAUGAUUCGUGCAAAGGCAACUCCAACCGAGACUGAUCGCAUCAUCUCUGAUACCGAACUACUCACUCAGGCUGCUGAUGGCGCAGAUAAGCUCCUCCAAGUCGACGAGUCGCAAUUGUGGAUAGACUUUCUCGACAGGUUUACUUGGAUGAACGAACUGGCCAACCCGGGUGAUGCCGAGAGGUCUUUCGAAGCUGCUGUCCAGGAUGAGCUGCGCAAGUAUGUUUCCAAGAUGCUUGGAGUCGAGUUGCCACAUCCAGCAGGGAGCCAAUCUGCCGGUGUUGGAGGGGUGGACUUUUACAGUUUUCCUCAGCAUGGAUUUCCUGACUUUGACAUUAACUCUCAAAUGGACUACUAUUGACGGCCAUCUUUUUACAUGGCUUAGAUAGAGUCCCUAGAAUCUCCUUCUUUACCUGACUUUAUUCCUUCUUGGCUCAAGAUUCAAUUUCCGACUCAUAACAUGUUCCGUUUUUAAGCCAUAGCAAAAAGCUGUUUCAAUGGUAUAGACAGUAUAAUCAAACAAAACCAGACAGACAAACCCAGUCUAUAUGAUGUAGGGGUAUAAUCCGAAGUAAUCUUUCAGUACCGGCAACUUCCUCAUCCACACGCCAUGCUUGAUGCCACAUCUAACAAAACAAAUAGAAGAAUUAAAGGAAUA